AUGUCCGAGAAACCGUCCCACGAACGCGUUUCGCGCGACCUGGAUGAAUCGCCAGUGCGCAAGGCUUCCGUCUCGCAUUCCAUCUCCAGUCGUGUCAGUAAGAGCAAGGCAGAGGAGAUUGCGCGCAUCGACAAACUUGCUACCGCGCCGGGUGUGACGCUGGAAUCAUUUGCCCAUCUGGAUGAAAAGAAGAUACUGCGCAAGAUGGACUGGCACUUGAUCCCCAUGUUAGCCCUGCUCUAUCUAUUGUCGUUUCUGGACAGAGGCAACAUCGGCAACGCGAAGAUCGAAGGUCUGGUAGAGACCUUGGGUAUGAGUGGCGCACAGUACAACUGGUGUUUGACCGUGUUCUUCUUUACAUACGCCGCCUUUGAAGUCCCCAGCAACCUGCUCCUGAAGAAGCUUCGUCCAUCCAUUUGGCUGCCGACGAUUAUGGUGGCGUGGGGUAUCGUCAUGACGUUGAUGGGCAUCGUGCAGAAUUACCACGGUCUGCUAAUUGCGCGCAUCUUCCUUGGAGUGACAGAGGCGGGCUUGUUCCCUGGCGUGGCGUAUUACAUUACUAUGUGGUAUUGUCGCCAUGAAGCGCAAUUUCGACAAGCACUUUUCUUCAGCGCCGCGUCUGUUGCCGGAGCUUUCUCUGGCCUUUUGGCAUUUGGUAUUGCGCAUAUGGAUGGUGUUGGAAACCUGGAAGGAUGGAGAUGGAUCUUCAUCCUCGAGGGUAUCUUGACUGUUGUCGUUGCGACCCUGGCAUACUUCACUUUGUACGACUUCCCAGAAACGGCAAGCUUCCUGACAGAAGAAGAGCGAGCGUUCAUCGUAUUCCGGCUUAAGUACCAAGGCGCAUCGAACGAGACGGUCAAUGGAAUACGCGUGGCGCAGGAUGAUACUUUUCAGUGGAAAUUUGUAAAGUCUGCGUUUCUGGACUGGCAGAUCUGGACCAGUAUUUGGGUCUACUGGGGCAUCGUGUGUCCCUUAUACGGCAUCUCGCUCUUCUUGCCCUCGAUCAUCCGAGGUUUGGGGUACACAUCUUCCACUGCGCAGCUCCUGACCGUGCCCAUCUACAUCACCGCGUCCGUUUUGGCGGUCGCAGUAGCUUGGUGGAGCGAUAGAGUCGGCAAGCGGUAUCCGUUCAUCCUGGUCUGCCUUUGCAUCAUGGCAGUUGGAUUCAUCAUGUGUGUUGCGAGCGCAACUCCAGGUGUUAUCUAUGCUGGUGUAUUCAUCGCAGCGUGUGCUCUUUACCCAGCGUUUCCAGGAAACAUCACCUGGCUGUCAAACAAUCUGGCUGGAUCCACCAAGCGUGCAACAGGUCAAGCCAUUCAGAUCGCUGUAGGCAAUCUUGCAGGAGCCAUGGCCUCCAACUUCUAUCGCGCCGAAGAUGCACCUCGCUAUAUCCUUGGACACGCUCUUGAGCUUGGGUUUAUUGGUGCAGGCAUCCUUGCGCUUAUUGUGCUGGUGUUCAACUACAAGAGGAUCAACGCGAAGCGGGAGCGUCAGCUGGCGGAGGGCGCGCACAACGGGUAUACGCCAGAGGAGCUCGGCGAGCUGGGUGACCGAUCGAUGACCUUCAAGUACUUCUUGUAGACGGCUAUCUCCCGCGGUGGAGUUGGUGUAG